GCGCUGGGAAAUGUAGUCCCGGCGUCGUGAGGGAGCGCUGGCGUGUGUGAGGAGGCGAGGCCAUGGCGGCCCCCGCGCGGCCCUGGAGCCCCGAGGAGCUCCGCGGAGACGCCCUGCCCAAGAAGGAGAUCGUCCGCUUCCUGCAGGAGCAGGCGGCGCACAAGGUGGGCGCCCGCUCGUCCUCCCUUCACACGUUCGCGGGGACACGCGUGUCGGGCGGAGAUGCCGCCGCCGCAGCCUCUCUCUCUCUUUCUCUCUCUCUCGGCCAGGGCGGGAGACACGCGAGGAGCGGGCGGGGCCGCCUCCCGCCCGACACGCGUGCGGGGAGAACGUCUGAACGCGCGUGUCCCGCCAGCGCCUCCCGCCUCCCUUUUUCCUUCGACCUCGUUGCGCGCGGCAUGGGCACGGAGCAGAAUCGCAAGGGUGUUCGGGUCCCCCGAAGGUCAUCCAGCCCAACCCCUGCAGUGGAGCCCGCCCGCCCCCCUGGCCAGCCCAGCUCCUGCCUCCCACCGCCCAAUGGCUCUUUCUCAUUGUGGGGCAUUCAAAUAAUUUUUAAGCAUAUAUAAUCACAUCAUUAUUAUUAUCCACUUUACUUCCUUGGCUCCUCAGAGCCUGUCGCCUUCCUUCCCUGCCACCUCCUGGCUUUCAAAGCUAACCUUUAUAUCACAGCAUUUUAUAUGUUUUCCAAUUCUAAUAUAACUCAUUACUAAAAUUCAAAUAAAUAUAGAAAGGUUAAAAAAAUUCUCAUUAGAAGUCUUCAGUCAACCCUACUAGCGUUGUUAAUUGCUUACAAUGAUCUUUCAAAUAUUGUAUAAAUUUACUCCAGACUUUUUGGAAUACUUGAUUGUGCUGGUUUCAGAUUUUUCCCGUCAGCUUUGCCAGCAUUUUCACCUGCCCCUCUUCUUUCGUCUCUGUGGGGCAUUCAAAGCUCCCCUCCUUUUAUAAUUGUAAAAUAAAGAUCACCCCCAGAAAGAAAUGGAGGGACCAAGUCCGCCUCCCCCCAAAGAGUUUUGGCAACCAGUUAUGAGCCCCCACUUUGCAGACAGAAGGGCAGAGGCGGCUGGGAAGGUUCCUGCCCGAAACCCUUGCGGGCUGUUGCUGCCGGUCAGAGUAGACAUCAGUGAGCUGGUUGUGGGUCUGACUCUGGGCAAAGCAGCUUCCUUAUGUUCAUGGAUCUGCGCUGGCAAAUGGAGUCGCCUUUGCUUUCAUCUGUAAGCCACCUUGAGUCACCGACAGGGGUAAAGGGUAAAGUCAAUAAAUGUCAAAGGAGAAGCAACUUUGGGGUUUCGUUUAAUUGCAGGGCCUUCUUUUGUACCUAUAGGUAAAGGUAAAGGGAUCCCUGACCACUAGGUCCAGUCGUGACCGACUCUGGGGUUGCGGCACUCAUCUCGCUUUAUUGGCCGAGGGAGCCGGCGUACAGCUUCCAGGUCAAGUGGCCAGCAUGACUAAGCCGCUUCUGGCGAACCAGAGCAGUGCACGGAAACGCCAUUUACCUUCCUGCUGGAGUGGUACCUAUUUAACCCACAGCGCCAUCUGCGUCCCUUUUGUACCUAUAGAACUUGCAAAAAAUACUCUUGAUCCAAAGCAGUCUCGGGCUGAGGACUGCGACUGAGGUCACCCUUGCAGGGGGAUCCCUCUGGGUUGGGUGACAGCUGCUGAUUCCUGCAGCUGGGUGGGGAGGGGGGGUCACAAGGGCAGCACUGGCUCUCUUUCCUUUUUUAUUAUUAUAUUUUUUAUUAAUUUUCCAUUUAAUAACAUAUAUUCACAUCAUUAUUAUCCUCUUUGACUCUUUAGAGCCUGUCGACUUUCCUCCCCCCCUCAUGGAUUUCUUUCUUAACCUUCAUAUUAUAGCAUUUUGUACAUUUUCCAGUUAUAAUUACACACAUUGCAAAAUAUCUCAAAAUUUAUAUAAAUAUAACAUUUCUCAUUACAAGUCUUCAGACAACCCUAUUAGUGUUGUUAAUUGUUUAUAAUACUCUUAAAUAUCGUACAAAUUUACUCCAGUCCAUUUGGAAUACUUGAUCAGGCUGGUUUUGGAUUUUCCCCGUCAGCUUUGCCAGUUCCACAAAGUUCAUCAUUUUCACCUGCCACUCUUCUUUCCUUGGUACUUAUUGUUUCCAUUUUUUGGCUAAAAGAAUUCUUGCCGCUGUUGUUGUAUACGUGAACAGCACAUAUACUAAAAUUGGAACGCCACUGGGUUGUGUUCAGGGUUUAUAGUUCACCCCCAGUGUGUGGCCACAAGGUAUUACCUGUGAAUGCCUACGUGAGAUUUUUGAGCUUGGUUGGAAGAAGAGGCUUCAGUUGAUUUCAUUCAUUGGAUGUGGUCUGGUUCAAGCAGAAUACAGUGGUACCUCUGGUUACGUACUUAAUUCGUUCCGGAGGUCCGUUCUUAACCUGAAACUGUUCUUAACCUGAGACACCACUUUAGCUAAUGGUGCCUCCCACUGCUGCCGCACCUCCGGAGCACAAUCUCUGUUCUCAUCCUGAAGCAAAGUUCUUAAGCCGAGGUAAUAUUUCUGGGUUAGCGGACUCUGUAACCUGAAGCGUAUGUAACCCGAGGUACCACUGUAUUCCACUCUGUAAAAUGCACUUCCCAUAAUCCCAAUUGCAUGGCAGGAGAGCGACGUGAUUCCUUUCUUUCCCAGUAUUGAACUAACGCUCUUGCUUUUGCUUUUAGUUCCUGUCAGAGCACAAACUACUAGGACAGAUAAAAAAUGUGGCCAAGACCGCCAGUAAGGAGCAGCUGAUCACGGCAUAUAACGAGCUCUUUGAAACCAAGGUAGGUACCCUGCCUUGUCUGAGCAGAUCUUAUUACUAGAAUCUUUGUGACUAAUGUUCAUAAUAAUCAAAUUUAUUACCAGCCCUUCACUACCUGGUUCUAGGGCAGCUUACAACAAUUAACAAAAUCAAAAUUAGGAAACAGUUGCCUUGGGGACAGAACAAAUGCUUUGCUUUUCUCCUGCAUCUUGCAGGGCUAGGAGAGACCUCUGCCUUCAGUCCUGGAGAACUGCUGCCAUUCAGAGUGGGCGGCAUGAGGCUUGAUCCCACCUUAUAUGUUCAUAUAUUGCUGAAAUGCUCUGUGUAUCAGUUUUUUAACUGAAAUGUAAGAGGUUUAACAUCAGCUGGGGAAAGGUAGAAAUGGGCUAUUUAAAAUAAGCUAUGACACAAAUCCAUUUUCAGUAGCCAUUGAUAGUAGUGGGGAGAGGGAGAUAUGUCCUUUGCCAUACAAGCUCCUACUUAAGUUCUCUAAAAACCUGGUAAUUAUUUGCUGUGGAUCAAUAUAGUUAACCAAAUGACUAUGAAGGCCCAGUAUAGGUGGAGCUCUCCAGGAAGCUCAGCCAUCAGCGUUUCCGUGCUCAUUUGUGCAGUCUGCUUGUUGGCUUGGUAGUCAGUGUUGUAGGAUCUGUGGUUUGUGGCAUUUUCCAUAAGUCUUUUCCCUGUAAGUUAAAGCUCAGUGUGGCCUGUGUGACUCAGCUUCCUUCCUUUAUAAGGUAUACGAAAUGAUAUGGAUUGACCGGGCCCAAGACAGAACCCUGUGGCACCCCACUAGUCACUCUUCUCCAGGAUGAAGAGGAAGCAUUGAUGAGCACCCUUUGGGUUCGGUCAGUCAGCCAGUUACAAAUCCACUGAGUGGUAGCAUAGUCAAGACCGCAUUUUACCAGCUUCUUUACAAGAAUAUCAUGGGGCACCUUGUCAAAUGCCUUGCUGAAAUCAAGGUAGGCUACAUCCACUGCGUUCCCUUCAUCUACAAGGCUUGUAAUUCUGUCAAAAAACGAGAUCAGGUUAGUCUGGCAUGACUUAUUUUUCAGAAAUCCAUGCUGACUAUUGGUGAUCACAGCAUUCCUUUCUAGGUGCUCACAGACUGUUUGCUUAAUGAUCUGCUCCAGAAUCUUCCCUGGUGUUGAUGUCAGACUGACUGGGCGGUAAUUAUUUGGGUCCUCUCUUUUCCCCUUUUUGAAAAUAGGGACAACAUUUGCCCUCCUCCAGUCUGCCGGGACUUCGCCUGUAUUUCCUUUACAAUGAGUAUGUAAGAAGAGUGUGCUGGAUCAGGCUAAUGGCAUCCUGACCUGGGACAGGAAUUUCUUCACCGAUGUAACACAUUUUCUUUCUAGAGAUUUAAGGGUACUGAGAGUCCAGAGCAUGUAGCAGAGCAAGUGAAAAAUGUCAAGAUUGAUGAGGAGAAGCCCAAGGAGACAAAGCCUGAGGAAGCUGUGGAUGAGGUAGGUGAGGAGAACAAUCAGGUAUGAUUUGCAGACUGGCUGGUGGGAAGAGGCAGCCCUUGCAGGAAUGUAAGGGAGCAGGCAAAAUGGGCAGGAGGGGGGCGGGGUGCACCUCUUCUGGACAUAGAAGAGCCACUUCAGAAUUUCAGGAUCUUACUCACCGAGAAAAUGCAGUGCUGUAAUGGUGGGAACUGAGAAAGUGCAGCUGUGUGCCUGGAAGUCCCAGUUCAUCCCCUCACGAAGGGUUUGAAUAUCUGGAUUGGAACCAGCUGUCGGUUCCAUUUGCAAUUUCCUCCAGGGAACUCUGUUCCCUUGGAGAUUUCUCAAAUCUGUUGCAGCAUUUUCUGGACAGGCGACCUUAAAUCAGGCAGACUUCAGCACAUAUUCUAAGAGCUCAGAAUUUAAGAUCCUCCCUGAACAUAGGCACAGAGUCUUAAGUGACUUACUUCGCAGUCUGACGCACAUCCUCACAGAAAUAAGUCCCAUUGUAUUUCAUAGGGCUUACUCCCAGGGAACUGUGUGUAGUAUUGCAGCCGUCACCCUGUUGUCCAGCGUAGGUCAUGGCUGCACAUCAUUUUGUGAUCUCGUCUGCUAGCUGUGUGGAGCAUUGUGUUUAGUCAUAUUGAGGCUUUAAUAUUAAAUAGCAGAGCUAAUGGUUGGCCGUCUUUCCUUUCUGCCCUCAGAAGCCAUUUCUUCAUUGGCUUUUGUGCGAUUCUUUGGUCAACUUCUGUACCUUUUGGAACAGUGAGAGCGGGACCAUGACACUUGUUUCAUCCCUCUUCCCAUUUCAGGGUCCCCCAAAAUAUACAAAGUCAGUACUGAAGAAGGGGGAUAAAAUCAACUUUCCCAAAAAGGGCGAUGUCGUUCACUGUUGGUAUACAGGGAAGCUGCAAGAUGGAACAGUCUUCGAUAGUAAUAUUCAGACAAGUAAGUGUUCAGAAAAGGUGGCAUUUCUCUUCUUCACAGAGAUGGAGAAGCUGUGGGCUUUAAAGACCAGAGUAGCUGUGACUGAAGGCACAGCUUUAUUUUCUCUCAUUUAUACCCCACCUGUCUUCUGCCACGGAACCCAAGGUAGCUUCUACUUGUGGUUCCCAGUCACUCACUAGACCCAGACCUGCCUAGCUUUAGCCAGGUGGUGGCCUUGUGCACCUACAGAGCAUCUCCUGGGAACACGAUGCAGCAGAUGUGUUGCCUGUGAAGUGAACGGGUCUUGCACAAGGCCACGCCUCUGCUUCUGGGCUGCAGUUUGCAUUUUUUUUUUCUUCCCGUCUGGGGAUUCCAGUUUGCAUUCCCCAUGGAUUCUCGAGGGCAUGGUCUGUUUAGCACUGGGGAAUCAAAUUUUGCCUUCUGACAAAUGGGUUGGAUCUGAAUGGACUUGAGUCUCAUUGUCUGAAUGAAAUGAUUUUCAUUCAGUGAUUUCUUCCUACUCCCGCACCCCUAAUCUACAGCCCACAUGCUGUCAUGUUCCAUGUGCUUCUAGAGGGUCCCUGACCUUCAGCAUCAGCUCUCCCAGGAGCUGCAGUGGAGAGAAGGAAGCAGAGUCCCAUUCCAUGAGCAGUGUUCCACUUACAGUAUUGUAGCCGAUGCGAUGUAUUCAGUGUGUCUGGGUUGACACAUGUACGUACAAAUAUGUACACACACACACACACCACUCAUGGGCACAGUCAGAACUUCUUCCUGAAGUCCUGGAGAACCUCUGCUGCCUCUCACUAUAGAAGACAGUUCAGGCCUAGAUGGUCCAGUGGUCCGACUCUGUAUAAGGCAGGAGUUUCUUGUGGUCCCCUGUUGCCACCUCUGCAUGUCUGCUUGGCCUCUGGCCUAGAAGUGUACUGUACCCAAAGACCUGGGUGUUUGGGCAGAUCAGGGGUGGCCUCUUGCCCUCAGGAUUGUGGAUGCCCGAUUUGUGACGUCACACACCCAAAGUCUGUGGCUCCUCUUCCUCCUCCUUGCCACAGCGAGUGAGGCAACGUUUUCCAUGUCUGAGUCCCCCACUCCCGGCCCGGAAAAGGGCGCCUCGCUAGCUGGCUGCAGAGGGCAGAGCUGAACAGCUUCUCCCUCAGAGGUAGUGCUGGCUUUUCUCAAUGCCUUUGUGGGUGCCCCACCUCCACAGUUGUAUUAUUGUGGGUGCCCAAGCACCCACGGCCCCCUGGAGUUGGCUCCUAUGGUGCGGAUGUCUCUUUCUCAAGGACAAUUUAGGGAGCCUUUGUUCAGUGCAAAAUGCCCUGAAAUAUAGUAGACGGAAGCUGUUUCACAUGUCGCUUGCCUUCCAGUGCAUCUUGCGCCACAGAUUCCCCUCGUGAGGCUGCACCACCAGGCUUCCAAAGGAGAGUGGGAUGGAAAUCGCAGUGUUUCUCAGUCUUCCACGCUCCUUUUAUACACUAAAUAUUUAGCAAACUAGCUUUGACUGAGAAACUCCUUUCUUGACAGUUACGCAGAGGGGUGGGAGUUUUGUUGGCGUUCAGCAACUAUCAAAACAGCUUCACUCCUUGGUUGGAAUGCCUGCCUGCUUGUGACCAGGCUAGUCUUGCCCCCUAGUUACCUAGUGAAUUUGCGUGACCUGGAAUGUGGGUGACUCCUCAGGAAUCCUUUCCCAAAGCAGUGCCCUCCAGAUGUUUUGGUCUCCCAAAACAUCGCUCUUGCUCAGUGGGACCACCUUUCGGUAUUAUUGUUGCAUGCUUUGAAUAUUUGUUUUGUAUCUAAGUUGCCUUGAGACCUUUGGGCAGAAGGCAAACUUUCUCAUCGCCCUUGACCACCAGCAAUACUUUCCGGGUGGGGAGUUGUAGUCCAGAACAUCUGGAGCACACCAAAUGGGGGGAGGCUGGUGUAGAGCGAGAAGCCAGCUGGGAGAGGGAUAAGAGCUCCAGAAUGUUGGUGUCGUUUCAGGUUCAAAGAAAAAAAAAGCUGCAAAACCACUGAGCUUCAAAGUCGGCGUUGGAAAAGUGAUACGAGGCGUGAGUAUGCUGGCGGAAGGGUGGGUGGGUGCAGCUAGCAUGUCUUUGGGCCUCCCACCUCCUGCGCCCAUCCGUCAGGGAGGAGCUCCUGUUGCCAGGCAGCUGUCAGGCUAUUUGCUUGAAUCCUCCCAGAAGAGAAGCUGAUGCAUGUUGUCUGUCAGCCUUCCUCCAUAGCACAUCUGACAAAAUUCAUUUUCCUUUCCUGUGCUCGGUGGUCUUUGCAUCAGAGCCCAUUGAAACAGAUUAUGCUGCCCACCAAGAUGGAGGGAGGAGGUGGGGGAGUUAAAUGUUUUACCUGAGCGCAGGUUAGGAUGAUUGGCAUUAAGAUACCCAAGUGUAUACAGUGGUACCUCGGGUUAAGAACUUAAUUCGUUCUGGAGGUCCGUUCUUAACCUGAAACUGUUCUUAACCUGAAGCAUCACUUUAGCUAAUGGGGCCUCCCGCUGCCGGAGCACGAUUUCUAUUCUCAUCCUGAAGCAAAGUUCUUAACAGCGGAGUCUGUAACCUGAAGUGUCUGUAACCCGAGGUACCACUGUAUGCCGUUUUAAGGAUGGCCAGGAUUUAUUUAUUUCACUAUUUGGCUGUUUCUAUGUGUCCUUUGUUACCUUUCUGCACUCCCUGGGCUACUUGUCACAUCUGACAAGUGCAGUGGCCAACAAGUUGCAGCGAGACCCACAACUUUGGAUGUCCCUGACCUCUCCCUUCCCUGACUCCCAUGGCGUGUGCAGAGGGAGGGAGAUGUGCCCUUGGGUGAUCUUCUGCAGAAGGUGCAACCUUUUGCUACAGCCUCCUGAAAAGGUUCCAAAGAAUAGGAAACUGAUUCCUUUAUCUAAUAGGAGGGAGGAGGAGAAAUGGCUUCCAUCAGAUCAGUUGUGCAGAAUACAGCAGUGUUAAUGAGCCCCUAAGGAAGAGAGAGGCAGAGAAAGGGGUUGUUUAUUUCCUUCCAAUUGGCAUUUUGCAGGAGGCUCAAACAGUAGGGACAAUGACAGUGGUGGCUUCUUCUGCAGAAACUUGUGGGAUGGACAUCACUUCUCCUUCGUAUACAGCUGUGGCACUUUGGUCUAAACCACUGAGCCUCUUGGGCUUGCUGAUCGGAAGGUCAGCGGUUCGAAUCCCCACGAUGGAGUGAGCUCCCUUUGCUCUGUCCCAGCUCCUGCCAACCUAGCAGUUCGAAAGCACGCCAGCACAAGUAGAUAAAUAGGUACCGCUCCGGCGGGAAGGUAAAUGCCGUUUCCAUGUGCUCUGGCACUCAUCACGGUCCUCCGUGCGCCAGAAGCGGUUUAGUCCUGCUGACCACAUGACCCGGAAAACUGUCUGUACACAAACGCUGGCUCCCUCGGCCUGAAAGCAAGAUGAGCACCACAACCCCAUAGUCGCCUUUGACUGGACUUAACAGUCCAGGGGUCCUUUACCUUUUUUUACAUAUCCUGCAUCAGUCUGUCUCUACCUUUCUGAUAAUCUUAAAAGCACUAGAAUGCAUUCAUUAAACAUGAUUUUUGCAGUAAUUCAUCUGAACCAGAUUUUCAAUAAGACAGACAUCUUGUAAAACAUUUAACCUAAAAAUACUGGCUCUCUAGUCCUCCUCAAAACACAAAGAUCUUAGCCUGCUGAGUUCAUUAACUUACCCAGCAGAGGGAACUUGCUCCACUCACCCUUAUUGUUUCAGCUUAUCUUCUAAUAGCCCAGGUCAAAAACAGUCCUUCCAGCCUGUUUCUCAGGUAGAUUUGGUUUUGUUUUUUUCCCAGUGGGACGAAGCUCUGCUGACCAUGAGCAAAGGAGAGAAGGCUCACCUGGAAAUCGAACCGGAAUGGGCUUAUGGGAAGAAAGGGCAGCCGGAUGCCAAGUAUCCUUGCAAAGUGUGCCGCUGAGCAGUCUACUAAUCUGAUGGAAAAUGUGGGUGCACAAAAUUCUCUGGCUCAGAAAGCCAGGUGCUGGUGAAGGAAUUCCCUAGGUCUAAGCAUGGGGCAAGUGCAGGUAAGACCAUCACAGCCUGCUGGAUCAGGCCAAUGGCCCAUCUAGUCCAGCAGCCUCUUCUCACAGGGGCCAACCAGAUGCCCCAAUAGGAAACCUGCAAGUGGGAUUGGAGUACAAGAGGCUUCUCUCCUGAUGUGGCCUCCAGCACUGCUGCUCCAACUGUGGAGGGAGAGCACAGCCAUCAUGGCUAGUGCCCCCCCCCCGCUUCCAUAAUUUUUGGGGAGCAUGGGAAGCAAACGGGCAGAAAUGCCUGCAGCAUGGCAGGCAUCACCAGCACGCUUUCCACAAGGGCAAAGCACAGCUCCGACACGAAGUUGGUCAACUGAAUCCCUAUGUGCUGCCAAAUAGAAUGUGAUCUCUAAAAUUGGGCAUGAUGGCAGUGCCAAGAUGUUUGAAGAUGAGGCAAGAGGAUCUGGAAAUAAGGAACUGAAGCGGCAGGCUAGAGCAUUGCACUUCCCCCUUCAUGUGACAAUGCUUGCUGCAGCCCAGUCCAUGUGGCGUGUCCUGUGGCUGGGAAUUGUAACUGAAGUUGUUCUGGAACAGAGUCAAACUGCCUAUCUAGUUUUAAGUACUUGUGUUCUCCAUUGACUGAAUAUUUAAAGGGAAGGUGAUGCCAACUCUGAACCAGACAGAUCAUGUACUUGAAGAACUUUGGGGAGCGGGGAAUGUUAUAUAGCAGGUAAUUAUAGAAUAUGUAACAACAACAAACAAUUGGCAAAUGCUUACUACAUUUUGCUCCUCCCUCCCCCUUCUAUUCCUGUGAACUUUGUGAUCUGACUCUCUUCAGAACUGCCACUCUGCAAGUGUAACUUCUACUGUAGAACGAAUUCCUUAACUUGCAUACUUUAGAAUUCCACCAAAUGCAAAACUUUUCUUUGAAGUGGAACUGGUGGAUAUUGAAUGAUGGGUUGUUCCUCCUGGCCCCCCAUCUUUGAAAACUGUGAAGAUGCUCUUGGAAGUCCAGGAAAUGUGUUUGUGGCCUUGUUUCGCACACAGCAAAGGUGGGGUGGGGGUGAAAAAGCUUUUAUUCCAGUUGCUGUGUACAGCAUCACUUUAACUAAAGACUGGUUUAUAUACAUGGC